ACGCUAAAAUUAUACCUGUGCGGCCAGGCCUGGGCGGGGAGAGAGAGAGCGAGCGCGCGCGCCGCCGCCGCCGCUCACAGAGUCCGCCGCGGGCGUGAGGACGGGCGUCAGUGUGUCACGCCGAGGCCAGGGGCACCAGGCUGUACCUGCAGGGCAUCAGGGGUCACCGCCCCCCUUCCCUCCACAGCCGCAGCCAGCCUACGUCACUGCCCCGCCCUCAGCCACCCACCGUGCUCCCCGUCGCCGCUCCCGCGCGGGCGUUCUCGUUGCCCACGUCCUAAAGCACACGAACACGCAAAGUUCGCACUGCGCGUGCAUGUGCGUGAGAGAGCAAGAGAUUAAUAACUGCAGGACAGAGCUCGACCGAGCAGGUGUGGCUCGAGCCUUGCGCCCCUCCUCAGCCGCCCUGGGGCUCUCCGGGGUCACGUCCCCCCCUCCUUCCCGGGCCAGCGGGGGUGUUGGCCACCGGAGCGGCCCGCGGCAGUCACCAGCGGGCUGGCCAGUGUUCUCGACCCACGACUCUCCGCGACCGAUUUCCGGCGAUCCGUCCGGACGCAAGCACACAGCGAGUGGCCGUGUCUCAAGUCUGAAUUAAUAAAGUUCUAAACCGCAAGAAAAGGGGAAAAAAGUGGGAAAUGGUGGCGCUGCCUCCUGUGAUGGUGAAGUCGCCCGCCUGUGUGCUCGAACAGCUGUAGAGUGUUCUAGAAUGACGGGUGUUACACGUGUAAAGUGUGGUCGUGCUGACGAGGGGAGCCGCCGCCGCCGUGGAGGCGUGGAGCAGGUCGCCGUCACCUCGUGCGGGUAACAGAGCGAGCAGAGUGACCGGAGAGAGCCAAGAGUCGCAGCCAACUGAGGCUCGUACUCGAAGUCUCCUGACGCAGGAGCGGUGCGGCGCCCUUAGCGAGGAGGACCGCAGGCCUCCCCGCCGCCGCCAUCCUGCACGAGAGCCAUGACAGUAUCCUACCAGUAUGAAGUGGCCUCCUCCACCUCGGGCGGGUUCACGCGCCUGCUCUUCAAGUGGAAGGGCUCCCUGUACAAGCUGGUGUACAGGGAGCUGUUCGUCUUCUGCAUCGUGUACGGGGUCAUGAGCUGUGUCUACCGCUACUUCUUCAACACCACGCAGAAGAGAUCCUUUGAGAAGGUGGUGAUGUACUGCGACACCUACAUGAACUACAUCCCCCUCUCCUUCAUCUUGGGUUUCUACGUGUCCUUCGUAGCGUCCCGAUGGUGGCAACAGUACAUGGCCAUCCCUUGGCCGGACAAAAUCAUCCACGCCAUCGCCCUGCACGUGGUCGGCUACGAUGAGAAGGGCCGAAUGAUGCGGAGGGCGCUGGUUCGGUACCUCAACCUCAGCCUCGUGCUCAUCCUCAGGUCCAUCUCGUCGGCCGUCAAGAAGCGGUUUCCAACGCUCGAGCAUCUGGUGGAAGCAGGUUUCAUAACCUCGACGGAGCUGGGGAUCUACAACCUGGUGCCCAACACGGAAUUCAACACCUACUGGAUCCCCUGCACGUGGUUCACGGCACUCCUCAAGGACGCCAAGGCCCAGAAGAGGAUUACGGAUCCAUUAGGGAUCAAACAUAUAAUGGAGGAGUUUUCCGAAUAUCGAGCCAAAUGUGGAAUGCUCUGGUGUUACGAUUGGGUGAGCAUCCCGCUGGUGUACACGCAGGUCGUGACUAUUGCAACUUACUCUUUCUUUCUCGCUGCAAUCGUAGGGCGGCAAUAUGUGGAAGAAUCUCCCAUCUCGUACAGGUCUAACCAACUCGACCUGUAUAUCCCCUUAUUCACAAUACUGCAGGUCUUUUUCUACAUGGGUUUACUGAAGGUCGCCGAGCAACUUAUAAACCCUUUCGGUGACGACGAUGAAGAUUUCGAACUGAACUGGAUCAUUGACAGACACAUGAAGGUGUCUUAUCUAAUCGUGGAUACGCUGCUGCUCAGGACGCCGCCCCUUAGCAAAGACAUCUUCUAUGACGACGAGUGUCCCGUCCUGCCCUACACUGCGGCUUCGGCGGAGUUCAAAAAGAGGACCUAUAGGGGAUCUGUGGCCAACAUGGUAAUCCCCGAAGAGAAGCAGAACCUGAUCCUCCCUGAUAUCCAGGAGGAGCUUGAGGAAGGGGGGGAGUUCCGCAGCACAAGCAACCUCGCAUCUCAAAUGGCUUCAAUGAAAUCUUCUGUCAACAACCUAGGAGGUCUUGGCGGGGUUACGGGCAAGGUGAUUAAGGUCGAGGGUGGGGGCACCAACAGUGGCAGCAGCACUAGUCCAAGUUCUAAGGGCAGAAAGGGCAGGCCCCCCCUUCGACGCACCCUAAGCAGCCCCGGUUAUCUGUCAGGUAGCAAGGACCAGCGAAGCCUAAGUGUGCCUGACGACUGCCUGACGCUCGACCCGCGGAGCUCCUCGCCGCGAGACGGGAAGAAGGAGAGCUCGAAGUCCGCCCCGAUCUCCCGGUCCUCCAGCAGACGGAUUGGCACUGCAGGUAGUAAGGGUAUUGGGAGUGCUUUACUGGCUAUUGGCUCGCAUCAAGGCUUUCUGGCCGCGGAUCCGGAGAAGAUAAGCCUGGCGGGCGGCCUGGUCCCCAGCGCCUCGAUGUCCGAGGGCGACGUGAAGGAGCGCCAGGACGACGACUUGGACUACCUGGUGCUGCCAGUGAGCAACGUCGGCAGGGGCCUGGAGGGCACGGACGCCGUGGCGCUGGACAUGAGCACGGUGGUGGACGAUGACGAUCUCAAAAUCGGGAAGCCGAAGAAGACGUUCCGGUUACCUGCGUCGCUGAAAGCACGUCUGGCGGUCAAGAAGAAGCCGGUGAUCACGUGGCGGCCGUACGAGCGGCAGAUGAGCAUGGACCAAAUGCCCCAGAUCACGCCGGAGGAGAUCAAGUACCGUCUCGCGGGCGAGAUCCAGGGCAGGAUGCCCGAGGACUUGCCAGAGAACUUGCCCCCGGGCGAGUUCGAGGACGAGUGCGCCUUCAUGUGGCGAACCAUCGACGACGACUCGGAUUCCUUGAAGACCGCCUUGUCGACGCAGAGCGAGGACCAUCGCUACGACGCCGCCACCCCCGACACGGGCGUCUUAUCUCACUACCGGGACAUCAAGCCCAACCAGACGGAGAAGAAGCAGGACUGCCCGCUCAUGGCCCGGAUUCCUCCGCGGCCAGCCCCUCGCCGGGCGCUGCGACGAGCGCGCUACAAAACUCGGGGCCGCAUGCGGUGCUGCUCCUGCUCACUGCCGCUGCUGAGUUGCCCUCCACGCGGCAGCGUCAUCAUCCUUCCAAAUCUGGUGAAAAGUAUUAGUGAAAACUCAGUGUUCCUCGAGGUGGCGACGCGGCGCCUCAGCUCGCAUACUCGAUCUCAGGACAAGUCCCAGUACACGACCAAGUCACAGUCACAGCACUCCCAGCACUCUAUCAGCUUGCCCUCCUCCAAGUUAACAGUUAAUGGUAGACAAUCCUGCUCGAGUCUAGGCCAUCAGGAGUCCCAGUGACGUCACAGAAAUUCCCGACUCAAUUAACAGAGUGCGGUGGCGUCCUAGAAAGAGCGGGCUCAGUGAAGAGGCGGAAGUGGGGAAGAUGUCGAUGAGACACGAAUGUGGCCUCGGCUAGAAUGAGUCAGCAUAUUCCAUUUCUUACUGUUGCAACUGAAAGUGUGUGUGAUAUAUGUACGAGACAAAGGGAGAGGGGAAGAUACAAAAAAUGUAUAACCAAUGUAGUGAUGUCAACCUUAUCUUGCUCUGUUGUUGAUUUAUCUGUUGAAGUCUUUAUUGCAAGGUUAUGUUAUAUUCUCUGAGACCGUCGUCAUUGUUAUUUUAUAUGCACUUGUUUGUGUACCACAUGGAUAACAGGCUAUGGCCUCUAAAUAUUUGUAUAUAGUGCAGUUUUUUUACUCCUCCAUUGUGUUGUUUUUGUACGAUUUAAUGACUCGUUGUGUGAUCUCCCUUAUCACAUUUUAUACUUUAUAUCAUCACUGGUGAUAUUCGGUUAAUAUUUGAAUCAAAAGGAAGGCUUGAGGAGCACGAUGAUUGGUUGGUUUUCCCGCCAAUCGUCGACGUGCCUUUAGUCCGUUUGGUCAGAGAUCCCAAUUCUUUCUUUUUCUUCUUUUAUCUCUUUUUGUUAAGAAUUUCAAAGUCUUAUAUUAAUCCUCUGAUCGGAACCACAUUCAUUAUUUUUCAUCCUUGUUUAUGUUAGAAUUUAUACUGUGUAACGUACGAGGCAUAUUGGAGACACCAGAAGCUAACUCCCAACUCAUUUACUUCUUGCAAUUUUGCUCAAUCAACCAAGCUGACAAAACAGAUGUCAGCUCACAAAGUUGACGUAACCAAAUCACAUCAGUAUUACUCAGCUGCGUUAUUUGUUCCGUGUGACUUUUAUCUGCAAAUGAAUGUAACACAUUCAAAUAAGUGCACAACAAUUAAAAAAAAAAAUUAAAAUGAAAGGCGAAAAUACAAUACCGUGUUGACAUGACGAUGGAUGAGGAACGCACAAUACAUCCAACACAAACGAGACUUGGAUGUAUUGCUGGUUUCGCAUCUAACAUUACUGGAUGAUAACCUAUAGUCCAAUUCACUCCCUAAAAAUCGCAGAGGAUGUUUUAAACUCUUGAAAAAAAAGCAAAUAAUGAUUAAAAGAACAACGAAAUCUUAACCCAAAUCCAUUCGAAUUCGUCGAACGAAAAUAAUUUAUAAAAAACGAACUCUUUAUCAAAUUACCUUUUCUUUUACAAAUUAUCUAAAGGAAAAUCUAGCACAGUUUACGGCGUCUUCGUCUCUUCUAGUGUUAAAACAUUCCAGCUUUUGCUCUCUUGGGCUGUUGAUAUUCUGAAAAUAAAUGAUUUUGAGGGAUU